AUUUGAUCAUGAUUAGAAUCAUCAAUAUCGGAGUUAAGAAUAACUUGUCAUUCCUUAAUCAUAAAAAUUGUCCAGGAAUCUAAUCUAAUCAAAAGCAAAUUUUAUUGGUAAUCAGUGUUUAUAACCCUAAAGUGGAGAUAUAGCAUUUAAAUUUGGAAAAAGUUGUAAUAAGAUCUAUCUAAUAUUUUGAAAUAAUACAAUCCGAUAGAUGCAUUAACGCAUAAUGAU